AUGGAGAACCAGUCUUGGGACUUAUUUGGGGCUCCGGUGGGCAAUGCCAGCACCAACCAGACUCUUCUGGACAAGAUGCCCCAGCUGCCCCUGGAAGUGCAAGUGGUGACCAUCUUGCUGGUGCUGCUGAUUUGCGGGGUGGGCAUCGCCGGCAACGUCAUGGUGGUGCUGGUGGUCCUCCGCACCAAGCACAUGGUGACCCCCACCAACUGCUACCUGGUGAGCUUGGCCGUGGCCGACCUGAUUGUGCUGCUGGCCGCAGGGCUGCCCAACAUCUCAGAGGUGGUGGCUUCCUGGGUGUACGGCUACGCCGGCUGCCUGUGCAUCACCUACCUGCAGUAUCUGGGCAUCAACAUAUCGGCCUGCUCCAUCACGGCCUUCACGGUGGAGCGCUACAUCGCCAUUUGCCACUCCAUCAAGGCGCAGCUGCUCUGCACCGUGGCCCGGGCCAAGCGCAUCAUCGCCUGUGUGUGGCUGUUCACCUCCCUCUACUGCCUCAUGUGGUUCUUCCUGGUGGACACGUCGCAAGUCCCGUUCGCAGACGGCAUGCAGGUCAAGUGCGGCUACCGCGUCUCCAGGAACCUCUACAUGCCCAUCUACUUCUUGGACUUCACCAUCUUCUACAUCAUCCCGCUGGGCUUGGCCACCGUCCUCUACGGCCUCAUCGCCCGCAUCCUCUUCACGAACCCACUGCCUGCCACCCCGCAGCACGCUGGCCAGCCGAGCAAACAUGGCGGCUCUAUCAGCGCCUCCAGCUCCAUGAAACUCUCCUGCCGGGGGAACAAGGGGGCUCUCAGCUCCAGGAAACAGGUGACAAAGAUGCUAGCUGUGGUGGUGAUCCUCUUUGCCCUCCUGUGGAUGCCGUACCGCACCCUGGUGGUGGUCAACUCCUUCAUGGACCCUCCUUACCUGAACAUCUGGUUCGUCCUCUUCUGUAGGCUCUGCAUCUACCUGAACAGCGCCAUCAACCCCAUCAUUUACAAUGUGAUGUCUCAAAAGUUUAGAGCUGCCUUCAAAAAGCUAUGCAAGUGUGGGGGGAAGAGGACAGAGAUUGCCACCCAGUACAACGCUCCUGUCUUCUACAGCGCCAUGAAAGACUAUUCCCAUGACAGUUCUGAGCACAACAUCACAGAACAAGAAGAUCUCAAUGGCUACCCAUCAUCAGCGAGGAGGAGUAAACCUUCCAAAUAA